UCUCCCGGCAGCCAUGUGGGCUUCGGCCCUCCGAGUGUGGGGGCUUCGCGAGAGGUUUCGGGCGCCGUUCGGUGGACGGCAAGCGGCUCUCCUUCCGGGCGGUGUCCGAGGCGUGCACAGCUCGCCAGUCCCGUGUGGCAAGAACCUACUCAAGAAGUUUGCUUCGAAAACCAAAAAGAAGUUUUGGUAUGAAGGUCCUUCCUUGGGCUCUCACUUGAUGUACAAGCCGUCCCAGUUGGAAUUCCUAACGAAGACCACCUCAAAGAAAACCAGGAAGGACGACCAGGUGCGCCUGAGGGCCCUGAACGGCCUCCUCUACAAAGCGCUGACUGAUCUGCUGUGCACCCCUGAAGUGAGCCAGGAGAUCUGUGACCUGAAUGUGCAGCUCUCCAAGGUGUCUCUGACUUCAGACUUCUCGGCCUGCCGUGUGUACUGGAGGACGACCGUCUCGGCCGAGCAGAACGCGCACACGGAAGCCGUCCUGCGGAGGAGCGCCGCGCACAUGAGGCACAUUUUGAUGUCCCAGCAGACCCUGAGGAACGUGCCGCCGAUAGUGUUUCUUCGGGACAAAGGAAAUGCGGCUCUAGCUGAGGUUGAUUGGUUACUGGCAAAUGCUGAUUUUGGGCCCCCAGAGGAAAGAGAAGACCGUGUGCAAAGUGAUGCCAGGGGCUGUGGGGCCCUGGACGCCCCUUCACGCAGCACCCAGGGCCCUGCCGCCUGCUCAAGUCUGUGUGGGAUUGAUCACGAGGCGCUCAACAAACAGAUCAUGGAAUAUAAGAGGAGGAAAGAGCGAGGGUGCAGGAGCGAGAGCCCCGCGGAGUCUCCACUGACACACACACGAGAGGGAAACGUGGCAGCCACACCCUGCGCAGAUGGCGACCUCUCCUGUGAGAACCACCUGUCGGGGGCAGCGAGCAGCCACCCGGACCCUGACCUGGAUGGCUCCCGAGGGGCGGCAGGAAGGGCGGAGGUGACUGAGGGGCGGAGAGGGGGUGAGGUGUGAGGCUCUGCUGGGCGGAACCACGGUCCCACCGCCCGGGCAGCCUUGUGCCUUAGCCUGAGAAGGAAGGGGGCCUGUGGGGACAGUCGGGCGUCUUUGUCCCGCUUUUCACCCCUCGUGGGCUCCCAGCAAGCAAGGCGGAGCGUCGCCUUGUGUGUGAUCCCGCUCAUUCCCUAAUCGCUGUCCUCCUGGCGGACUUGGAAUGGCCCCACGUCUAGUUUUCCCCCAGGCAGGACCGCUGCCAUGCAGGGAGUGUGGGUCAGGGGCGUCACAGCACUGUUGGAAGGAAGUGAAAGAAACCCUGCUCCACGUGUGACCUAGAGCAGCUGCUCCCGGACGAGGGGCACCUCUGUUUCCCCAGUGUCAUCAGUGUCUAGAUGCUGAGGACGGCAUCAGCGUGGCUUGGAUGAUGAGACGGGCGCUAGUGAGGUGGAGCAAGGAGGCUCGGGACUUGGCUUUUGUAAACAGUGUCAGGAAGGAAGCACUGCUGUCCCCUGGGCACCUUCUGGCAUCUGGUACCAGGGCCGGUGCCCAGCAGGCAGGCGGCACCGGCAAUGCCGCCUUUGUGGGCACAGCAGCCCCUGUUGAAGGGACCUGUCAUGGGACACGGGCGGACCACUGGGAAGCUCUAGGCAUGUAGCUGCCCAGGUGGCACUCAGGUGAUCCCAUCUGCCCCGGAAGGUGCUCGUAGCCGCGUGUGUGGAGCAUUUCACCUGGGAGUGCGGUUGCUGGCGUGCAAACUGUCAGCUUGUGAAAAUGUACGUGCUUUGCUCUAACCAGGAGUGGGAAGACACACCUUGAGCCUGCUGUCCGGAAAGAGGAGUUCAUUCACCACAUUCCCGGGAGGUGGGGACAUGCCGUGCAGGGCCACUUGGGGAAGCUCCAGGAUCAGUCAGGAGGCUGAGGGAGAGGAGAACGUGUGGCUUCUGCAGGAAUGAAUGGCCGAGGCUGGGUAGUGUGAGUAGUUUCAGCAGGCUCUGGGCUAUAGGAGUGCUUUCUGCAUGUUGAGUCCUGGCCCUGGGGGAUGUGCGGCAGAGGAAAUACUGGCUGGUGUGCAAGAGCCAGAUGAAGGAGGUGGUUGGGAGUGUGGGCUCUGGAUCUGUGGGUCUGUACAUAAAAUGUGAGUUUACAGGGGAAUGGUUCACUGUCUGUAGGAAUUAGCCCUGGGAGGGGCAGUGUCUCCGCAGCCAGCAAGGCCCCCGUGAUGUCAUAACAUCACAAAUACACGGUAUAAAAACCCUGACUGAUACAGGACCCUGCAGCACCAGGCAGCCCGUUCUGCUGACCGUAGAUCUGGUCUCCACUGCCGAAGGUGUCCAGACGUCCGUGCGGAGCAGCGGGAACAAGCCUGGAUUCCUGGAUUGUGAGCUCAGUGUGCCGUGGACGUGUGUUGUGUGUCAAGUAACGGGCACUGGGAGAGGCCGGUGCAGGGUGCUGGCCUGCUCUUUUCUUUCCUCUUUUCCACCUGUGCUUCCAAAAGUCAACAAACGGCAGGAAAAAGGUGUGUUUUCAGACCGGGAAAUUCUGUGCUCCGUACUCCUACCGAUUGUCUUAGGCUCUCCCUGUAAGUACAGUUGGAGACCAGAAACGGGGCCAAGACUAGAUCGGAGACCGAGGGGCUGCCUGGUGGUGUGGACUGGUUUUACAGGGUUAAAGGUCACGCUAACAGCAUCUCUGUUAGCUGCUGGCAUUUGGUACUCUGUACCUUUGUAAGGGUUCAUCUUCUCUUUGGGGUGGAAAGAACCCUCACUAAGCACAGGACCUCUGAGUGCAGAGAGUGCUUCCUACUUCACCUUGGCGUUUGUUAGAAGGACUUGGAACUUCAGGUACACAGUGUUCACGGAGCUUCUGGGUUGUCGUGUGGAGGUUUGGGGUGGGCCUGGCAGCUCUGUGCCUUCCUGGCGCCGCCUUCUUCUGCCUCGUCCCAGGCCACUCCCUCUCGUACAAGCCGGGCGUCUACGGGGGAGCUUCAGCUGGCAGCCAGCAGUCCCACCCUGGAAAGGACUGAGUAGCCUGAGAACAGAACUGAAAAUAACCACAUGUCAAGCAGCUGAAACACCGAACAGGACAGAAAAUUUGACAGGCUUCCAUGGGAAGACUGCCCGGAAGACCAUCGUUUUCAGUCUUUGAACGCUCACUUCAUGUUCGGAAGGGUUUCCUCCCUCGAGUCUUCCCUCUGACGUCUUGGCCUUUUAGGUCCUAUCAGUAAGGUUCAGGAUAUCUCCAACUUUUUAAAAGAAUUUUUUUAAUGUUUAUUUACUUUUGAGAGAGACAGAGACAGAGCAUGAGCAGGGGCGGGGCAGAGAGAGAGGGAGACGCAGAAUUGGAAGCAGGCUCCAGGCUCCGAGCCGUCAGCACAGAGCCCGACGUGGCGCUUGAACCCAUGAAUGGCAAGAUCAUGACCUGAGCUGAAGUCAGAUGCUCAACCGACUGAGCCACCCAGGCGCCCCGAGGAUAUCUCCAACUUUUUUACGGCACCUUUUCUGUUCAAGAGUUUGUGAUACAUGCAUUGUUUUUUUGAAACUGAAAAGUGCUUAGAAUAAAGCAUAUUCAACGUG